GUUUUUACCUCUUGUAUUGUUCCGGACUCGUUCAAUAGUAGCAUGUUCGCAUUCAUUCGGUUGAAAACAAGCUUUUAGUGCCCUGUCAUUUGAAGAGUGCAUUUUGGAGGAAUUAAUUUUCUUAUUUUUCUCUUGAGGUUUCUUUGCAGCAGUAGGGUUUGUUUCAAUGGCAUGAGUAAGUAGUAUUUAAUUAAAAAUUCAACUGUAGAAAUUAGUAGCCACACUCAAAAAUGGCGACAAGCAGCGAUAACGAUAACGACAGAAACGACGCCGUUUCAUCUAAUCCUCUUACGGAGGAAACAACCGAAACCCUAACAUCACCGUCACUCCCCACUCUUCCAUUCGAAAUCGUCGAAGAAAUUCUCUCUAGGCUUCCAGUCAAAUUCCUCAUGCAACUCAAAUCCGUCUGUAAGCCUUGGAAAUCUCUCAUCUCCGAUCCUAGAUUCGCCAAAAAGCACCUCCGCGUGUCAACCACGCGCCACCACCUUCUCCUAACCUACCGUAAUUCCUCACGCGAGUUUGUUAUCACGAGUUACCCUCUCUCCUCCGUCUUUACAGAAAUAACCGCCACGGCUGCCGCCGGUGCUACACAGCUAGAUUACCCUCUGCUCAAUCCAUCCCAUUUCCAUACGUUUGUUGGAUCUUGCCAUGGUAUACUCUGUUUCGAACUCUAUCAACGUUUCAAUCACUUUGCUCUUUUGUGGAACCCUUCCAUUAGGAAAUUUGUGAAAUUGCCUUCUUUGGAGAAACCAAAACGAGCAGGGGGUGGCACUGAAUAUGGAUUUGGCUAUUGCUAUGAUAAUUUCAAUGAUAGUUACAGUUACAAGGUUGUUGCUGUUAGUUCUUUUGAAUCUGUAUAUGAUAAUAAUGUCAAGGUUCAUACUUUGGGCACCAAUUCUUGGAGAUCGAUUGAGGAUUUUCCUUCUGGUGUCUCUUUUGAUUCAUCGGGAAGAUUCCUUAGUGAAAGUGAAACUAUUAAUUGGUUGGCAUCUAAUGAUUCGGAUACUUUAUGGAUCAUUGUUUCCCUCGAUUUGGAGAAGGAAUGUUAUCAAGAAUUAGUGCUGCCUAAUUAUGGAGCGGUAACGGUGGAAACUUUAACGUUAGGGGUGGUGAGGGAUUGCUUGUGCAUUGUUGCUAAUAGUGAUACUUUUUCAGAUGUUUGGCUUAUGAAAGAGUAUGGAAAUAAAGAUUCUUGGACUAAAUUGUUCCGUAUUCCUUACAUGGGAAAUUUCGAGUCUUGUCCUUACACCACAGUAACUUAUGUUUCUGAGGAUGAUCAAGUGUUGCUAGAGUGGCAGUUUGAGAUCGUUGUUUAUAAUUCUAAAGACGGUACUUUUAAAACUCCCGAAUUUCAAAACAUCAAUAGUAAAAUGAUCCUUAAUGUCUACGAAGAAAGUUUGAUAUCGCCUUGUUCUUAAUAGUAGAAUGUGCUGUAUUUAAUAAUGUAGAUGUCAUGUUAUGCCGCUUGUGCAUUAGGUUUAUGAAGAGUCAUCUACUGGAAUCUUCAACUCCAUAACUCCAUAACUACACCAUGGAUUAUUGUUCACUAUUAGUUGAUGUAAUAUGUUGCUUGAGAAAUUGUUGUGUAGGUUUAAUUUAUUUGAUAGUUAGAGUUUUUUGCUGGUUCUUUAAUUGUCUGCACAUCAUUAUAUUGUUAGACGGUUUGGUUUUCUAAGAUGGGAAUUAGGUUCUAUGCCCUUUGGCAGUCACUUGUGUGUAUGUUAAAAUGUUGACGAAGGCUACACAAAUAUUAUGAUGUAUGCUGCAAAAUUGCGUGUUGCUGAAGCAAAGUGAAGUUUCUUUGUCAAUUGUUAGAGUGACAUAUUUCAACCAAAAGUAAAGAAUUGUGAUUCUAGAGUAUUCUGCAUCAUUCCUCCACCAACCCAAUGGUAAUAUGUUUCCUCUCUUUCUCUCACUGAAAUUGUCUGUUAUUUUUCGAUUAUUUUAUCAUUGUUUACUAUGCUUAGGUUGGAUUUCUCUGUUUAAUGGUGCUAGGCUCAAUAGCCAAUAAUAGCCAACACUGCAAUGGCGCUUUUCAACACUGUAAUUUCAUUCAAGUGAAUAUAUAUUCACAUUUAUAUUAUGAUAUCAUAGAAAAUAGGAACUAGGUUUAUGGCUUCUGAAAAUUGUGUUGACUCUUUGAACUAGUUGUAGCUGAUUUGCUUGAAAGAUUUGUUCUUUUUGAGUUCCGUUACCUCAAUUCCUUAAAUCUCUAGGCAAUUUGAGUUUGUUGAGGUUAAACUUGUAGUAUAGAUUUUAUUUGGACUGGUUGCACUUGUUAUAACUUUUGGCUCAACAUACAUCAGUGUUCAUUACUUAAUAAGGAGGGACUUCAAGAAACAUACACACACUAAUGGGCUUAUGGAUCCAAUACUUAGACCCCUGACAUGCUCAAGCUGGGACAUAUAGAUUAUAUGCAUUGAGCUUUGUUACAAAUAAACUCAUUCGGACUGCGGUGUAGUUAUUUCGCAAAGAAAGUAUGUAUCAGACAUUCUCGAGGUUGACUCUCCUAGGGUCCUAACGUUAAACUUCUCCCUGGACAGGAAGACCCAUUUACUGAUCAAAGAAGGUACCAAAGACUUGUUGGUAAGCUCAAUUAUCUUACUAUCAUUUGUUGUUUCUAUGGUGAGUCAAUUCCUUCAUUCUCCUUGUCUAUAUGGACUUGGGUAUUAUGGGAUGUCUAAGUCCCACAUCUGAGUGUUAUGAAAUGUUCGUUGGAGUAUUUAAAGGGCUCAGUCGAGUAUUUAAGUAUUGAUGCUUUUUUCCAGUUUCACCAAUGUGGCACAAUAUAGUCUUCUUUGACAAAUUGUUGAUGAUGCAAUAGCAGCAAAUAAUAUCUCAGACUACACAUUUCAAAUAGGCUUGCUUAGUAAGUCUUAUUUUCUGCAGCCAGCCACUAGAGAAUAGAGAUUAUGAAAUGUGGAUUUGGCAUCCAAAGUGAGGCUCUCAGAGAAGCUUGGUUUGGUUGUGUCCACACCAGUACAUUCUAAGUUGAUUUCAAUACCUUCCGCGGAACAACGCCACCUGCUGCCCCAUCUAUUAAAAAGUACUUAAUGCCUAUUAAACUAGUAUUCUGUACUGUAUUUUUUUCUGUCUUCAGAACAAUUUUCUAUAGUGUAAUAUAUUCUCAUCAGCACUUUUCACAUAACACUUGUGUUGUUUUUGUAUGCCAUUAUGAGAUAAACAAAAUUGAUCUCAAGUCAUGAUCACUUCGAUUAACAAA